AACAGCUCCUCCUGUAGAAAACAACAACAAUCAUUGCAGCAGAGCAGCAAACAGAGAUGGUUCCUUAAAGCUCAACACUUCUGGUCCUUACCACUGUAGUCAGUCUAGCUGCUGCGAUUUCUACUGAAGCUUCAUACGUCGAUGGUGCCGAACCCAUGAACCUGGCCAGUCAAAGCGGGGACGCUGGCGGGAGCCAGCUGCUCUUCGCCAACUUUAACCAGGAUAACACGUCCUUAGCCGUUGGCACCAAAUCAGGAUACAAGUUUUUCUCCCUGUCCUCCGUGGACAAAUUGGAGCAGAUAUAUGAAUGUACUGACACUGAGGAUGUGUGCAUUGUGGAGCGUCUGUUCUCCAGCAGCCUGGUGGCUAUAGUUAGUCUGAAGGCCCCCCGAAAGCUCAAAGUCUGUCACUUCAAGAAGGGAACUGAGAUCUGCAACUACUCCUAUUCAAACACUAUACUGGCUGUGAAACUCAACAGACAGAGGCUGAUUGUGUGCCUGGAGGAGUCGCUCUACAUUCACAACAUCAGAGACAUGAAAGUGCUGCACACUAUUAGAGAGACUCCACCCAACCCUUCAGGAUUGUGUGCCCUUUCUAUCAGCAAUGAUAACUGUUACCUGGCAUACCCAGGCAGCGCUACGAUAGGAGAGGUCCAGGUGUUUGACACAGUCAACUUGCGAGCAGCAAAUAUGAUUCCAGCCCACGACAGCCCAUUAGCGGCUCUGGCUUUCGAUGCAACUGGAACUAAGCUGGCCACAGCUUCAGAGAAGGGUACAGUCAUCCGUGUCUUCUCAAUCCCAGAGGGACAGAAGCUCUUUGAGUUUCGACGAGGAGUCAAGAGGUGUGUGAGCAUCUGCUCAUUGGCGUUCAGCAUGGACAGCCUGUACCUUUCUGCCUCCAGCAACACAGAGACGGUCCACAUCUUCAAAUUAGAAACACAGAAGGAGAAGUAUGUGCCAGCAGAGGAGCCCACCACAUGGGGAGGUUACCUGGGGAAGGUCUUGAUGGCAUCCACCACAUAUCUGCCUUCCCAAGUCACAGAAAUGUUUACCCAGGGGCGAGCCUUUGCCACCGUACGUCUGCCCUUUUGCGGACAUAAGAAUAUCUGCGCCUUAGCUGUGAUUCAGAAGAUUCCCAGGUUGCUUGUUGCAGCGGCUGACGGCUACCUGUAUAUGUACAACCUGGAUCCACAAGACGGAGGCGAAUGCACACUAACAAAGCAGCACAGGUUAGACGGGAGUGCUGAGCCCCCCAAUGAGAUCCUUGAGCAAGGGUCACAUGAUCGCCCACUUGUGGGCCAGACCUACGGUGGUGCUGUCUCAAAGGGUUACUGUGAAGAACAGGGCGCUGUGGGAGGGGUAGGGGUAGGGCUCGAUGACGACCUCAGCGACCUACGCUUGGAGGAAGAGAAUGAGCAACCGCCGCUCAUUCUGGAAACUGAGUGACACGACUGAUGGCUGUACUCACCGAUCAGAGGGCUCCUCUGGUGCUGCUAGAAACACGUGACCCAAGAGGAGCGUGGACAGGAUCAAAGAUGGAGGCGGGGAGGGGGAGUUUUCUUUUCUUUUCUUUUUUUUUUUUAUUUUCUCAAAGUGUUCAAGAGCCUGUCCACCCUUUUUUCUGUUCACAUACACGUCUUUAUUUCUUCUCCUCCCCCCCCUUUCCUCCUGCUCUCCCUUUUCCCUCAGUUUAGUCUGAGCAGGCCAAACUGAAGCUUUGCAUGUACAUGUGCCAACUGCUUUAAAAAAAAAACAUGCUGAACAUGUGAAAAUGAAUAUUUGAGUGUGUGAGUGUGAUUUAAAAAAAAUGUAGCUGUGUCUCUUCUUAAGACACACACACGCACAGAGCAAGCCCUGUGUGUGAGUAGAAACUGAUUGUGUAAGUGCCUCUCUGCCCCGCUGUCAUGGCUUGUUUUGUUUGAGAGGGGGACCUCUUUUCAUUGGCUGAAUAAACUCUACUUUCACUUGUCCUAUCUUAA